GGCUUGCACGGCUGGACGCAAAAGGACAUUUAGCUUUUACACGCAUUAUUUUCCCCCAAGUUGUCAUUGACGGCAGUUAAAGAGAAAGGCACUUUCCACAAACAACACUUUGGGAGUUCUCAGCUAGAGCACCAGAGCCAGCGUACAGUUUCUGCGCCAGUUGUUCUCCGGCACACUUGAAGAGGUAACCUGCGGUCAAGUUUGCCUGUGGAUCUUUAACCGGGCGACGAUUAUGUAAGUCUGCUGCUCGGGUCUCCUCCACGCCCCCACCUCCCACCUCUGCAGGUCGCUGAGCUCCGGGGGGGUCUCCGCGUCACUGCUGCUGCACCUGGCUGCUGCUGCUGCUGCUGUACCUGCUGCCGUCGGACACAACGAGCUGAUCUCUGCCCGUCUGCACAAGCCGUUAUAAGAUGUCUGAUCACGAGGAUUCUGUCGUCAGCAACGGGAUCUCGCUCAUGGACAGAGAUGCUGAGAGCAUGGCCGCUCAAAAGGCCUGGAGUCCACUGGGCUCUAAACCCGUCCACAAGCAGACCCUCUGCAGCCCCCUGGCCAAUGGUGGAGACCCAACCCCAGAAGUUACACAGAACUGCGCUGGAGAUUCACACCUGCAGGAAAAGCACAGCGUCCAUGGAGACAGUACAGCGGCAGGUCCAGACAGCGAGCAGAGCUCUGCAGAACCGCCAGUGGUGCCAGCCCCGCCCAACAGUACCGAACCAUCAGCCUACCCUGCCGAGCUGAAUGGAGGCCUCUACCUAGAUGUGCCGAAGCUGAUCCAGCUGCCCAUCACUGCGACUCUGGCCCCCGCUGAGCGGCUGUGGAGCACCGACAGGGACGAGGCUGUCAAACUGAGGAUAGAGGGCUCCGGGCCUGGGUCCGAGACUCCCGUCACCGUCCACCAGAUGUUCCUCGAGACUGUGAAGGCAUGGGGGGACCACGCAGCCCUGGCCUCCAAGAAGGAGGGUCAGUGGGUCACCCAGACCUGGAGGCAGUACUACGAGCAGUGCCGGGCCGCCGCCAAGAGCUUCCUCAAGCUUGGGCUGGAGCGUUACCACGGCGUGGGCAUCCUGGGCUUCAACUGCGCUGAGUGGUUCAUCUCAGACGUCGGCUGCAUCCUGGCGGGAGGUUUGGCAACAGGCAUCUACACAACCAACUCCCCAGAGGCUUGUCAGUAUGUGGCUGCUAACUGUAAUGCCAAUGUCCUGAUUGUGGAGAACCACAAACAGCUGGUCAAAAUCCUACAGGUUAAAGAUCAGCUUCCUCAUCUGAAAGCCAUUGUUCAGUACAAAGACGAGCUGCAGCAGAAGCUGCCAAACCUGUACACAUGGGCAGAGUUUAUGAAGCUGGGAGAGGAGGUGCUUGAUGAGCAGCUGAAUGCUGUGAUUGACAGCCUCAGGGCCAAUGAGUGCUGUACCCUCAUCUACACAUCUGGAACCACUGGCAACCCUAAAGGAGUCAUGUUAAGUCAUGACAAUAUCACCUGGACAGCCAACACAGCAGGCAUGGUGACAGAGUUGGUGCCUGGUGAGGAGGUGGUGGUCAGUUACCUGCCCCUCAGCCAUGUGGCGGCACAAAUGAACGACAUUUGGGUCUGUAUGAGACUUGGUGGGACUACUUACUUCGCUGAGCCAGAUGCCCUUAAGGGUUCUUUAGGGACCACUCUGAAGGAGGCGCGGCCCACUGCUUUCCUGGGGGUUCCUCGGGUGUGGGAAAAGAUGCAGGAGAAGAUGAAAGCUGUGGGUGCCAAGGCAUCUCCGAUGAAGAAGAGAGUGGCAGACUGGGCCAAGUCCAUAGGACUGCAAUACAACUACAGCGCCAUGAAUGGGGAACCCGUGGUACCUUGGGGCUUCAUGCUGUGUGACAACCUGGUUUUCAAGAGGGUGCGCUUUGCACUGGGCCUGGACCGCUGCAAAGCCUGCUUCACAGGUGCUGCCCCCAUCACCAAAGACACCCUGGAAUAUUUCAUGAGCCUCAACAUCCCUCUUUUCGAGCUGUAUGGCAUGAGCGAGAGCUCCGGCCCGCACACUGUCUCCUGGACCAACGCUUACCAAAUCAUGAGCUGUGGGCAGGUGAUGACGGGCUGCAAGACAAAGCUGGACAAGCCAGAUGCAGAAGGGAACGGAGAGAUCUGUUUCUGGGGGCGACACGUCUUCAUGGGCUACCUGAACAUGCCAGACAAGACAGCGGAGGCUCUGGACCAAGAUGGCUGGCUGCACUCUGGGGAUCUGGGCAAACAUGACAAAAAUGACUUCCUGUACAUCACAGGAAGGAUCAAAGAGCUGAUCAUCACAGCUGGUGGAGAAAACAUCCCCCCGGUGCACAUCGAGGAUGCGGUCAAGGCCGAGACACCGAUUAUCAGCAAUGCCAUGCUGAUUGGAGACAAGCGCAAGUUCCUCUCCAUGCUGCUCACCCUCAAGUGCACGGUGGACGACAACGGUGACCCCACAGAUGAGCUGAGCCCCGAGGCUUUGGCGUACUGUCAGCAGCUUGGCGUCACAGCCACCAAGGUCUCAGAGAUCACAGCCAGUAAGGAGCCAGCUAUCUAUAAUGCCAUUCAGGAAGGCAUGGAGCGGGUCAAUGCCAGAGCUACCUCCAAUGCCCAGAAGAUCCAAAAGUGGGUCAUCUUGGCGCAAGACUUCUCGGUAUCCGGAGGGGAACUGGGACCGACCAUGAAACUGAAGAGGCCGGUUGUUGUGAAGAUGUACCAUGAAAUAAUAGAGCAGAUGUAUGCAGUGGUUCAGGAACAAUAGUAAAAAAAAAAAAUUCUCCAAAUGGAGGUUAUGGAGAAUGUUAGAAAAAAAAAAACCCAAAAAUGAAA